GGUCGACGAUGUCCUCAUUGUACUCCACGCUGAUUUUUCUUAAUCACCUUGGGGGGUAUCUCGGUCAACAUCGAUUGCUCUGAAGAUGGCCGAUCUUUCUGGCGUCGAUCGAAACAUAUCAGGAAAAGUGCCAGAAGGGGGCGUAGUCGACGAGUCUCUAGUUUCCGUGCUGUUACGUACUGAUGUUGAGAUCGAUGGUGUCCCGACUGGAUACGGCUUCAUUCUUGGAAAUAAGGGUGGUGUGGGCAUUCAGAUAAUGUUGCAGGGUGCAAGGAUGCUCUUCAUCACAUGCCAUCUUUCUGCUCACCAGGAUUGCACUGAGGAGAGGAAUGAGGAUUACAGGAAAAUCUCCUCUGGAAUAUUUUUCCCUGAGAGGCUGGCUGGGACGAUGAAGCGACCAGGAGCACAUCUUCCUUUCGAGGCCAACUUGAACUCUUUUCUCCAUCCUGCAAACAUGGUGGUGGCCGAUUGCUGGAUGCUAUGUUGCGUCGGGGAUCGAGCUGGCGAUCAGUCUAUGCCUGCGAUUGAGGAGGAAGGCAAAGCACGGCCACCUCGGGUUCCAACCCAUGGUUGGGGAGAGGCUCCGAAGACAUCGUCGUCCUCUGUUAAAAGAACGCCAAAGAGGGCAGCAACGGGAACAACAGCUGCAACGGCGUCCUAUUUUGGUUCAAGGUCUUUAUCAGCACCUACCGGUCCCGGCACUGAAGAGGAGUUUUAUGAUCUGGUUAUAUGGAGUGGAGAUCUCAACUACAGGGUCGAAGGAAACCGCCAAUCAGCGGAUGUUGUCAUUCAAAAGCGCAUGAUAGAGGUGCUCAAAGCAAACGAUCAGCUCACAAGGGAAAUGAGAGCGGGACAUGUAUUUCAAGGGUACAAGGAAGGACCCAUAAACUUCCUGCCGACUUACAAAUAUGACAGCGAUAGUGACAAUUAUGACACAACACCCAAGGAGAGUAGCCCCUACACCACUGAGCAGCAAGAAAAGAUGGCCGCCAUAGUGAAAGAGAAUAGGGAGAGGAAAGAGCGUGAGAAGCAGGCAAAGCUGAAAGCUAUCGCAGACGAGCGGGCGGCGAAGAUGAAGGAAGUAGAGGAGGAGAUGAAGAAGAAGGAGCAGGCUGCUGAAGAAGCGGCAGCAGAAGAGGAAAAAGAAAGGAUGAGGAUUGAAAGCAGAGAAGGGAGCAGUGGCACGAAGAAGGACACAGACGCUGAGAUUGAGAAGAAGAUCAGCGAGUGGGUUGCUAACUUAUCGUUGGGGGAAGAUGAAGAGGCGGAGUCAUAUGUGAUUGAGGAUGAGAAGGCCGCAUUGGCCGCUGAGCUAGCAACCAUGACGGAUCCUAUGGAGCGAAGAGAGAGGGAAGACGAGCAAAAGUUGCAGUGGAAGCUGAGAAUGAAGAGGGAGAAGAGGAGGAGGAGGAAAGAAGUGAAUAAGAUGACCGCAACAGUAGCGAAGGUGCAGGAAUGUAGAGCGGAGGUAUUGGCCCAGCCAGACGAUAAGGCCAAGUGGGACAAGGUACUGGGGUACCUGGAAGUGUUGAGCAAGGCCUGGAUGGAGGAGCGCCAGGCUCGUUGGAGUCAGGAUGUAGCGUUGAGUGCCAUGCGGUCAGGAUUUAGGGAGUUAGCGCGCGAGAUCGUCACCCACAUUGGGGGCGAAGUGAAACAGUUGAGGGACAACGUAGGGAAGUACUGUGAAGGCGCCAUUGAGGGUGCCAAAGCCAUAGCUGCUGCAGAGGGCGAAGGUAGACCCCGCAAAGAGCCUUUAAAGCUCAAGUUUCCAGACGCGUACGGGGGAAAAAAGGAGGAAAACUUUGACAACUGGGAGGCCAGUGUCAACAGUUAUAUCUAUUUGCAGCAUAUCCUAACUGAGGAGCAAGUCCUCGUGGCCUUCCAUGCCCUCAAGGACGAAGCAGCUAGUUUCGCUAGGUCCCUUGCACGUACAGCCGGUUGUGAAAACAACCUGGUUGCCUAUUCCAAAGUUACCCCUCUUUCCCAAUUCCUCAAGCUCCUCAAGGAGCGUUUCGCUGACCCAACGCGAGGCAUUAGAGCCUCUGACAAGCUGCAAACGAUCCACUCACGGCAGUGGAGGAGUGCCAAGGCACUCAAAGGUACCAUGGACGACUUGGUAGCCGUCCCGGACCACGGGGUUACUGAGCCCCUGCUGGUCCAGUUGUUUUAUCGUGCCAUUCCAGAGGCCCUACGCGGGCAUUUCUUUGACAAAUCUCAGCAGGCCGGCAUGACUUACGAUGCAUUGAGUCGCGAAGUCGUCCUGUAUGAGUCGAAGUUUAUGCCAGUGACCACUUUCUGGCAUAAGGACUUAGAAAAGGGGAAGAAGUGGAAGACUCGUACCAUCUCAGGCCAUGUAAAGGCCAAGGAUCACAUGAUCCUGACAUUAGAAGAAGGUGGUACCGAUGAGGUCCCAUAUGACCAGAUUGAGUGGGGCCUUGAAGAUGAUGGCAGUAGUGUGGGGCAGGGGAGGUCUUACGCUGCUGUCGCGGCUGGAGGGAGGCCGCAGGGAGGAGGAGGUGGCCAGGGCCAAAGGGGCCAGGCCUUGGGUGGCCGAGGACCGGGCGCACAGGGGGCACGAGUCCCGUCCUGGACGGACCGAAUUCUUUACAAGGUGAAGAGCAAUGGGUGUGUGGCAGCAAAGCUGUUGAAGUACGACAGCAUAAACAGUGUGAAAAUAUCAGAUCAUCGCCCAGUGUUCGCCAUCUUCAAAGUGAAAGUCUACCCCUCUAAGAAAAUACAAAUGGAGCCGAGCGUGCUUUUACCAGAGGCGUACUCAGGAUAUAAAAGCAGCAGCAGGAAGGACGGCUUUGGUAUCGUCGAAGAUGUGAAAAAUUCAGAGGAUAGACGAUUGCUCGUCGGUGCCUCGGAAAGGGGGAAGCAGGCGUCCGAAAGACGCGGCAUGGGUGCACAAGCGGCAGAUACAAGUAUUGCGGAACCGUCGGCACGGAGACAAGGCGGACAUGAAGUAGGAACACAAGAGGCCGUCGGGUCCUCUUCCAGAACCUGUAACUUGCAAUGAGAUCGAUUAAGAAUUUAAGAAAAACAUGGGCGUUGUGGUCCUGGCCAUCCUGCUCUGUUCUGCGAAGCAGCAUUC